AUGGGGUCGUCCAGUGUGAAAUCGACCAGAGUUUUGCGUUCUGCUGCUCGUGAGAAUCUAAAGACGCCACAAGAGCCAGUCUUAUCAGAUCUGAUUAACACGGCCAGAGCGGGUCAACCAACCCAGAAAGCCACGAGCGUUGAGCAAGAUGCACUGUUGCCACCAGCACCAAUGAAGCGCAAAGCCCAUGAAAUCGCAGAAGAAGAUAUUUUCUAUCAAGCUGAGAAGGAGAGAAAGGUGAAGAAACCGAAAGUCACAAAUGAGGAAAAACGACUUCGCAGGUUCAGACCCAAGCCACCUCAGUCGUUCCAUGAUAUCUACGACCGGGCUCUUUCUCAGCGCUUUUACGUGCUUAGUCGAGUCAGAGGAGGAACCCAAGAUUGCCCCGAGGAAGAUGUUGAGAUGACAGGAUCGACUGGAAACAUCUACACUGUUCAUGUUGGAAAACAGCCGCGAUGUACGUGCCCUCACCAUGAGAAGGGUCAUCAGUGCAAGCACAUCCUCUACGUAAGUAUCACACCUGAAUCGUCGAGCGCGUUGUUGACACAGAUUAAGGUUAUGAAGCAAGUUCUGAACGCGCCUUUUAAUCUCGUCUACCAACUCGCGCUUCUGAGCACUGAACUUCAAGCAAUCUUUGCCUCAGCACCUCCCAUUUCGGCACCUGGACAAGCAGAGUCCGACAAGCGCAAGCCCAUCGAUGGCGAUUGCCCUAUCUGCUACUGUGAGCUUGACGAGAAGAACCAAGAGUCUAUCGUUUGGUGCGCUGCCGCCUGUGGUCAGAACAUUCACGAGGAGUGUUUCAGAAUGUGGGCGCAGACAAAGGCUGGCGGGAAAGUGACUUGCCCCAUGUGUCGCAGUGUCUGGAAGGGUGACGAGAAGCUUGUUGCAAAAGUUCAGAAGGAUAAAGGCGCCGUGGAGGAGGGAUAUGUCAAUGUUGCGGACCAGCUUGGCAUCAGCCGUGAGAGAGACGUCGAGACCCGAACUGGGAGGGUAACAGUUCUUGGCAUGGAGGGUGGUGAAGACCGUCGUCGUACGGUACAGACGCGAAACGAGCGGUUCAUUCGCUCUAUUAUGCGACAGGAUCAACGCCGUGUUCAUUUUUCCUUCGUCGAAAAGUAUGAUGGCAGGAGUUUUGCUCUUUAUUUGUAA